UCUUUGAAAAUAUAGUUGUCACUUUGAGAAUGAUUAUAAAACACAAAUUCUGAUUUGGUAGCAUCCUGCCAGACCUGUUGCUUUCCUUUCGCUUGGCACCUUUAUGCUUUCGUGUGUCCGGAGAAGACGUCUGCUUCCUUUCCUGGGUAGCAAGACAGUGGUGAUUGUGUCGAGUAUUGAAAAUCGUUUUGAGCAGAAAUCUAUUUCGAAAAUAUUUAUUUAGAAAUUUGAGAAAGGACACUUCCGAAUUCCAGAUCGUCCAUAUCACCAGAAUCGCAGACAUAAUGUCUUCUUCUGUGGAACCAUGGUCAUGGAAAGAUGUUGCAGUGUGCGGUGCGGGAGUGGCAGCCUUGAGCGGCGUUGGGUAUGUAGCAUACCGCCUGCUUGCCACGGAAGAAAGCAAGCCCCCUUAUCAGGAAUCCCAUCUUGUGGAGACGCUCCAGAUGCUAUAUGAACUGGGAAAGCUGGAUUUUGUGCACCUGCACAGGGACGUAUGGGAGAAGGCCAACAAAAUGAGCGGCACCAUGCGAGGCGGCAAGGAACACCUUCAAGUAGUUACUGAUUUUGACAUGACCCUGACGCGCUUCAAGGACGAGGACGGCGAGCGUUACGCAACAUGUCACGGUGUGAUUGAGACUAGCGACCUGGUACCAGACUGGUAUCGGUCGGAAACCAGACAGCUAAAGGACCACUAUUUCCCGUUGGAGUACUCGGCGUCGCUGUCGCAUGCCGAGAAAUCCGUCCUAAUGGAUGAAUGGUGGGAGAAGGCGCACGACUCACUCAUUAGGUCCAACCUGAAGCAGGAGCACCUGGCAACGAUGGUGCAGGAAUCACGCGUGAAGUUCCGCGACGGCGCCACGGAUCUUCUCAACUACCUCGAGAUGAUGGCCAUCCCAGUGUGUAUUGUCAGUGCCGGCAUCGCUGAUAUCUUGACCGAGGCCAUACACCAGAAGAUUGGCAAAUUCAAGAACAUGUCUGUCGUGUCGAACCAGUUAAAGUUUGAUGCUGCGGGCGUACUGAACGCCUUCUCCGAACCGGUCAUUCACUCGUACAACAAGGCCAUCGCAGUGGCACAGCAGUGCAACUUUGGCUCAAGUGAUCGCUACAAUAUCGUUUUGAUCGGUGACUCACUCGGCGAUCCACACAUGGUGCCGGCAGAUGAAGACCUGCCAGAGCACUUCACCGUCCUGCGUGUUGGCUUCCUCAAUGAUCCCAGCAAUGAGGAGCUGAGGAGAAAGUAUGAACAAGCCUAUGAUAUUCUGAUCCUCGGAGAUCGGGACUUAGCAGUCGUCAAUCAAAUUGUCCGGACUCUCUCCUUGUAGGUGAACCAGCUUAUUGGUGGCAUUCAGGGUGCAAAUUGAACGGUUCAACCACUUGACUUCAGAGCUAUGGUGUUUUGCCCCUGGUUUGGCCGCUAGCUGUGGCAAGCCAGGAUCCUUCACCCAUCCGGCCGUAUUUAUCCCUAACCGGCACAUACACUCGAUUACUGGUAUGUACUUCACGUACGGGCCAAUGUGUUUGUGUGUGUGUGUGUGUGUGUGCGCGCGCGCGCGCGCGCGCGCGUGUGUCAGCCGGUCGCACCUAACCUUAUCAUUUUCCCAGUGUGUAUGGCUCAGUGUUCAAAGCUAGUAUUUCUCUGACCUUGGUACUGGUCAACCGUGCCGAAACCAGCUUGGCUAACACUUUUUUAAGCCAUCAAUUGUACUCAUGCUUAGGGAUUUUACAAUUAUCUAUUCUAGGUUUCCGUUCUGUAGGUACAUGGACUUUUGACCUGUAAAUCAAACUCCAUGCACCUGAUGUGGUGUCUGAACUUUCUGGACAUAUCCCCACCAAUAGUGCCCCCCCUGGAAAAGUAUCGACUUCUUGAUGAGUCCUUACCGGGUCUUUCUUCGUCCCCCGUCUGCUAUGUCUUUUGUCAGGUAUCUCAAGCCUAGCAGCUAUUCUGCAGGCUACUGUAUGAUUGUGUUGUUGCGGUGUGUGAAUGUACAGUAUCCUAGUACAGCAGAAAGUGCAGUUGACUUUGGCAUGAUUCUGAUUCUGAAUAAACCUGGUGUAUCUGGGCUAAAAACAAAA